AUGGGUUGUGUUCAGGCUAAGGGAGCAGUGUACAGCCCAACAAAGGGUCUAGAUAAAUUGAAACUCGACAAUGGAUACGUUCAAGGACGUGAUGCCCAGAAACAGGAUCCCAACAAGGCAUCUCGGCCCAAAGUGGAGGCUAAGAAUAUGGUGGCCACCGCCGGUGGUGGACGGGAGAGAAAGAUCAGUAGAGAAGGUGAGAGAGGAAUCAAUGGCGGUGGAAACGUUUUGCAGACGAUUUCAGUCGAAAAAAUUCCUGCAGAUGAACAUGCUGGUGGUUGGCCUAAAUGGCUUGUUGAUCAUGUUGACAGAGACGUUUUGACGGGUUUGUUCCUAACUACUGCUGAUUCAUACGAGAAGCUUGCAAAGGUAGGCCACGGAACGUAUAGCAAUGUGUAUAAGGCUCGGGAUAAGUCUACAGGGAAGGUAGUUGCCUUGAAGAAGGUUCGUUUUGAUACAUCAGAGCCUGGAAGUGUAAAAUUUAUGGCAAGAGAGAUCAUAAUGUUGAGGCACCUCGACCAUCCGAAUAUUAUUAAGCUUGAAGGAAUUGCCACUUCAAGAAUGCAAUACAGUCUUUAUUUAAUAUUUGAUUUUAUGCCAUCAGAUUUAACCAAAGUCAUCUCACGUUCAGAAGGAAGGCUUACUGCACCUCAGAUCAAGUGUUAUAUGCAGCAGCUGCUCUCAGGUCUUCAGCACUGCCACGAGAGGGGAAUUUUGCACCGGGACAUAAAAGGAUCUAAUUUAUUGAUUGACCCGAAUGGAAUGCUUAAGAUUGCUGAUUUUGGGCUAGCUAAUUUUUACCAAAACAAGACAAAACCCACUCUCACGAGCAGAGUUGUAACAUUAUGGUAUAGAGCCCCAGAACUACUACUAGGCUCUACAGAUUAUGAAGAAGGCAUUGAUCUGUGGAGUGCAGGAUGCCUUUUAGCAGAGAUGUUUGAGGGACGACCAAUUAUGCCGGGCAGGAAUGAGAUUGAGCAGCUUCAUAAGAUAUUCAAGCUUUGUGGUUCGCCCCCAGAGCACUAUUGGAGAAAAAUGAAGCCACCAACAACAUUCCGCCCUCCACAACAUUAUAAACCAUGUUUCCAGGAAACCUUUCCAAAUUUCCCCGAUUCAGCAUUUGGUCUUUUGGGCAGACUUCUAGCUUUAGAUCCUGCACAUCGCGGCACUGCCGCUUCUGCUCUUGAAAAUGAGUUCUUUUGUACAAGUCCAUUGGCAUGUGAUCUCUCUGGUCUGCCUGUCAUAAGCGCAACAGAGGACGAGACUAUCCACUCUUACAAUAGAAGAACUGCAAAAGCACAGCAACAAUCUCGAAAGAGCCAAGGAGAUCAUAGAAGAAAGGUCUCAUUCCCCGAACAUAUCAGAGAAAUACAUACGUCUCAGAGCUUCCAAAGCCUAGACACGAUUAAUAGUAUGAGUAGCACUUCCUCAACCAACAAACAAAGAAGCAGUCAAGAGACCAUGCCUCAUUCUCCUUCUCCAGCUUUUCGAUCUUUGCUUAACCAAUCUUCAAAAACUGAGGCACAUCCUAAUGCACUGAAAAACAUCAAGAACUAUCCUCUUCUACUGGCCUCUUUGACUGAGGCUGCCAACCACCUUGAAGAGAGUAAAUCAAAUCAUUAUCGAAGAUCCCUUUCCAACAUCGAUUUCAGAAAUCUCGAUCUGGAGAAGAUCUCAAAACUGUUCGGGCUAGAGGAUAAUUAA